GGAUAUGCGCUUGGUUUUGGGUGGUUAUAUAUAUAAGGAUCAAGUAUAAACAAUUUGAACAAUUCUGUCGAAGCAAUCGGGUUUAGUGUGAGCUAGAAGACGUAUCCGAUGGCGGAACCAGUACGUCGAGAAUUGCGGAUUUCACAUCCUCCCUUAGAACCCAUUGUGCGGGAUGGAAAGAUCCGCGAGCAAAUCGAGCUGGAAAGUAAGGGCCGCCGGGAGUAUUUGAAAAAGUGGGGCUACAUAACGCAACCCGAAACGACCGAGUUUUACGAUCUGAAGCGCAACAACCAGAAGCUGCGUGAGAUUCAGCAGGCCCGCCAGCAAAAUGUCAAUCUGCGCGAAUACGACGGUCACGGUGAGUCGUUUUUCGUCUCCAGGCAGAUGUUUAAAACGCUGCUCGAUACAUGCCGGUGUGGCCGGAAGCGUACCAACACACACGCACUGAAGUGUUUGCAAAAGCCGAAAAAUACCUACGAAAAGACGGACGACGAAGAGGAGGACGAGGAGAUUGAAAAGCAGCGUAAGAAGAAGGAGGGUAAACGUGGAGGAAGGAGCGAAUCGGGCGGAAGUCGUGGCCGUACGCAGGACAGCGCGGUUGAUGUGGGAGAGCAAACCGUAAGCAGCUACAUACCGAAGGUGCCACCGUUGAGUUCAGGUAUGUACGGUUGGCCCCAUAAUCGUUUUGUGGCGAUGGAAAAAACUACGUACUACGUAUCACCCCGGUACACAAUGCCUGGUCACCCGAUUGUCGACAGUCACCCGUACAAUAACAUUAUACUCGGAUAGGAGUUUUCCGCCUAACUCUUACACAAUGCGAUAAUUAACAUCUUUAACGCUGCACGUCCUCAAUUCAACUUCACAAGUUUUCUCAUUUCCACAAACUCAA